GAAAAAAUAGUUCACUAGCAACUCCAGCUUUCCCUUAAAGAACACCAACUGACACCACGCAUCAAUUACCGUACACGCAUGUAAAGUAAUUGGUUUUCCUUUCAUGACCUCGAGUUGCGCCUUCCAAACGAUCGCGGUGUUCCGAAACGCUCGUCUAUCCUGGAGUCUGUUUUACCGACGAAAUCGAUGGCAUAUGUCCAGUAAUGUUGGCGUUGCCGGUAAUGCCAAUCACGAUUGUUUAGUUUCAUUUGAUGGCGUUGUGGCGUUAGAAUUCGGCAAUCAGUCCAACGAUACCGACUUGCUUAUACCAGCACAAGAUAUAAAAGCGCAUUGGAAAGAAAAAAUGUUCUCUGAUCUUGAUUAUUAUGUUAGAAGGGAAGGUAGGAGUAAGGGGAUGAAAUACUGUGAUAUUUUUUAUAGUAAUACCAGAAAACCGUGGUUUCACGAUGUACAAUUAGAUAGAAGACAAAUAGUUAUAAUCAAUAGGCUGCGUUCCGGACAUACUUCUCUAAAUCAAAGCUUAUUUAAUCACCACAUAGUUGAAUCUCCGUUAUGUUUGUGUAAUGAUUGCAAUCAAACAGCGAAUCAUGUUUGUUGGCAAUGUUUUCUAUUCGAUGAUGAAAGACAACAGCUCCUCAGGGAGUUAAAGAGGCGAACGAUUAAAAUCGCAGUCUAAUAAUGAGACUUAUGCAAAGGAAUUUAUAAGUAAUGAUAUGGUUGUGUACUGAAUGAGUUUUGUAUUCUUCGAUAAUCUUUGAAUUUCAUAGUUAUUGAGGUGGUUAUUGUUAUACAACAUAUGUGCGAGAGGUUAAGAGUUCAUAUCACUCAUGUCUUUCUUAAGAGUUUAAGAAAUGUUUUUUCCCAAUUUUGUAAAGGGCGGGCAAUAUGGGGUAGUUCCCAGCGCCAUAUGUAUUUAUAUUUUGUUUUAAUAAAAAAAAAAAAAACCA